AAAAUUAAGCGGGAAUUGAAUAUUGAUAAAAGGGUUGAAUUAACUCCGCAUACUUUACGGCGGGCGUUUACUACUUAUCAUGCCGAACAAGGUGUGCCAUUACCAAUUUUACAAAAAUUAUUAGGGCAUGAAAGCAUAAGGACUACUGUCUUAUAUUGGCGAAAUCCUUGCGAAAAGCCUUUUGCGGAAAAAAUACCAACUAACGAUAACGACAUUGCGAGCAUUUUAGCCACUAAAAAAUGGUUAGAGGCUAAAAAAGAAACACCAAAAAUGCCAAUCGAGGAAAAUUUUCCAACAAUCGGCGAUGAAGAAUUUGGCCGGCCGGAUAAUUUGCCGCUAACUAACACGAUCGAGAAAAGUACUACUAUUACCAAUAAUCAACCCAACCAAUUAACGAGAGAAGUUUCUCCACCAACCCCAGCCAAAUUUUCCUUAAAUCUCAUUAGACAAAAAAGCGAUCAACUAGAAAUUGCUAAUAAUGAGGAAAAAUCUAGUGAAAAACAAAAUUUUGUCGGAGACCAAAAAGAAACAAUUUUACUAGCCAAAAUUAAAAAUUUAGAGGAGCAAUUGAAGCAAGUUCAGACUGAAAAUAACAACCUAAAAACAAAAUUAACAGUAGCGGAAAAGGAAAAAAACCAAGCACGAGAAAGAUCCAAUCAUUAUCAACAACAAUUAAAAAUUAUCGUCAAAACAUUUAACCCAA